CAGUUCCAAUUUCACACAUCAUACUACAGUACAGACUGCUUGCCUACUAUUAACACUACAGCAGCAUAAGAACAUGGAAUAACUAUGCAACAAAACACUAGUAUAUAUAGCUAGUACUUUCACUACAGUUAUGAACUAACUACAUAUUCUAUAAGUUCGCAGAAUAUACACGACACACUCUAAGAGUAUAGUUUCAGCAGCCUCCAAGACGACAGACAUCCUCUCCGAGGUUCCUCAGAGCACAGACAUUGAGUGUCUGAGUGAUCCUCUCUCCCAGUCCCUGGUCAUGCCUGGUUCCAGUCUCACGCUCUUCUUCAUUGAGACUGGAGAUAGAGGUGGGGCAGGACGGACUCACCCUCACCAGCAGACCGUCAAGGACGAGGGAGGGACCCGUGGACACCCAACUCUGAAUAAUGCCCACCAGGUGGGUGGAGUUUGUGGUGGGGAAAGGGUUAACCAGAGUGGUGCGGUAGGUUGUCUUGGUAGGGUUGCCAUGGCAAACAAACACCCCCUUUCUGAAAAAGCUCUGGGUUAAAUUAUAGCAUUCGGAGCAACUGUUACGUA